GUUUUUUGUUUGAGGUUGUCAUUAAUAUACUGACUUUUUGGAAACUUAUCAAAAAUGUACAAAAAGGCAAUUUUCUGCCUAUUUUUAAGUGUUAUAGUAAGAGUGAAAUGUAAUAGUGCAGCUCAUAGUAAAGUAGCGAGUAAUAUUGCAGUGACAGCUGCAGAAGAGGCAAAGGCAGCUCACGAUGCCCAACUUCCUGCAGGGCAGCAGGCUGCACAUCAAGUUAAGGAACAGUUAGCUGAUAAAGCUGUCGAGGCUGCAAAAGCGGCGCAAGCAGCUUUGGCCGGUAAAGAAACGUAUCUAUCCGAAAUACACAGGGAAAGGGAAGCUGCGAGAACAAUAGUUCAGGAAGAAAGAGCCAGCAAAAUAGAACUGGAAAAUACGGCGAACAGUGCGACUAGGACAUCUCACGAGGCACAUGCUCUCGUGAAGCUUUUGGCCACAGCGGGUCAGCUUGCUCAGGGUUCGGGCGCAAACGAGAGAUCCUCUCUAGAUCUCCUUAGGUUGCAGCUGGCUGAAAAAGUGAAGGAAAUAGAGGCUGCGAGAGCCAAAUUACAGCAGUUGUGCGGCGAGCUCUGCGCUGCUAGGAAUGAUUUGGCUGCGACCAAGUGCGCAGCUAGAAAAGCCAUCCAGCAAGCUGCAGAAGCCAGACAAUCAGCGAUGAGAGGUAGGAGGAGAACCAGAGAAAAUGCUCAACAAGGGGACACCAAUAACAGCAAUUGAGUGAAUGGGCGAAUGCAGUUUUAAGUUGGCUUUUACAGUUUUUAUACCAAGAACAACUUGAUUAUCGUUUUAGCAGAAGCUGGUCGUCGAUUAGUAGUACAAGACAACUAUAUAAUACAGUAUACACAAUAAAAGUUUAUUCGAUUAUGA